AUGUCGGGUCUAAUAGUGAGCAAUGUUACCUUCACGGUGACAAUAUUGGUGGAAAGCCGAGGAGGAGUCCUGGACAGCACACAGAGAUUUUCAAACCUGCCGGUAUAUCUUCCCAUGAGCUACCACAUCUCCAGUGCUGAUGUUUCCUUCUUCCUCAAAGAAGCCAAUCAAGAUAUCAUGAGGAACUCCAGUUUGCAGGCGAGGGUGGAGUCAUUCUUUAUAUACAAAGCCAAGCAGCCACCUGUAGUAAAUGCAACUUACGGACCUUUUUCAGUGGAACAAGUUGUUCCUGAGGACCUAAUGCUGCCUUCUGCUCCUUUUGGUUUCACUAAUGAAUUCACAUUUAAUUGGAAAUUAAAAUCACACAUUAUCGACAGCUCAAUAUAUUCCAACAGACCUAAAGUGCAAGCCCUGUUCUAUAUCGCGGGAAAGGACUGGGACGACUAUGAUUCUGCGGAGAGAUUGCCCUGUGUGAAGAUGUUUGCUUUCCUGGAGACUAGAGAAGCUGUGGCCAGCUGUAGGUUGAAAGGUCAUCUAGGAUUAUGUGUUGCAGAACUGGAAUUAGCGCCGAGCUGGUUCAGCUCGCCUCCACCAUUGGUUUUGGAGCAUGAGCAAACAGCAGCCUUUUUGGAAGGGAUUACUGUGGAGCUCUUCUAUAAGAUGUAUGCAACAGAUGGGGAGUGUUCUCCUGAGGAUGCAAAAUGGGAAAACAACAUACAUGCAGGUCAAGAUCAUGCACAUGAGGCUUUGCCGCCGGUGGAGAGGAUUGGUAGCAUCAUUGUUUAUCCAACUCAAGACAAACUAAAACAAUCUGCACUGAGGCUAGAUGAGAACAUCAUGAUCCACUUACCACUCAACCCUGUCAAGGAAGGUGACAUAGUAACCUUUCAUGUGUCCCUUACCGGUGACUCCCUAGCAGAUCAGUUUACCUUAAGAAUUAAGGCAGCACCAGGUGUGAAGAUAAUGGCCAUCAGAGUCAGUGAUGCAGACCAAUGGGGAAUUCAAGAGGAAGUAGACAAUGGAGGGAUGCAGACCACUGCCUCUGUUGUUUGUGUGCGUAAUGAUCCAAAUAUAGAGAGCAGAGCAAACAUCUCCUUCUAUGAGAUCUUGCAGAUGGACUUUGAAAUUGACAAUAGCAGUAGCCUGGCAGGGGCUCAGCAAAUUACCUGGCAGGUGGAAUACCCCAGAGAAGACUUGAUGAGUGAACUGGUGGUCUCCGAGAUCUUUGUCAGCCAAACAACAUUUGCAGGAAUUGUUCCUCUUGCAAUGGAUACAGAAGUCCUUAACACGGCCAUUCUGACAGGGAAGACGGUAUCUGUUCCGGUGAAAGUUGUUGCUGUGCACGAGGAUGGUUCCGUGAUCGACGUUUCAGAGUCCACUGAAUGUAAAUCAGCUGAUGAAGAUGUCAUAAAGGUUUCUGGCAGAUGCGACUCCAUCUUUGUUAAUGGCAAGGAAAUGAAGAGCAAAGUGGAUACCAUUGUGAACUUUACUUACCAGCAUUUUACCACCCAGCUGGAAGUGACGGUCUGGGCUCCACGGCUUCCUUUGCAGAUAGAGAUCUCGGAUACAGAACUUAGCCAGAUCAAGGGCUGGAGGAUACCUGUCACCUCCAAUAAGAGGCCUACCCGUGACAGUGAUGAUGAAGAGGAUGAUGAGAGGAAGGGAAGAGGCUGCACCCUUCAGUACCAGCAUGCCAUGGUGCGAGUCCUCACACAGUUUGUAGCAGAGUCUUCCGAUUUUGGAGGCCAGCUGACCUAUAUGUUGGGCUCUGAGUGGCAGUUUGACAUCACGGAUCUUGUGACCAAUUUCAUGAAGGUGGAAGAGCCUAAGAUUGCUAAAUUACAGGAUGGACGGGUGCUAGUUGGUCGUGAACAUGGGAUAACCACAGUUCAGGUGCUGUCGCCUCUCUCUGAUUCCAUCCUGGCUGAGAAGACAGUGAUCGUGCUAGAUGACCGCGUAACAAUCACAGACCUAGGCGUACAACUAGUAGCGGGCUUGUCCCUGUCUUUACAAAUAAGCAAAGGAAAUAAAAGAGCUAUUGUUUCCACAGCAUCUGCUUGUGAUAUUCUUCAUACCCCAAAACAGGAAGCCAUAGUAAGUGCUUGGAUUUUGUUCAGUGAUGGCUCUGUGACACCUUUAGAUAUUUAUGACUCCAAGGAUUUUUCUGUCACGGUCACUUCGCUGGACGAAAUGGUGGUAUCUGCCCAGCAAAACCUUCAGUCAAAGUGGCCUCUGGUAGUUGCAGAGGGUGAUGGGCAAGGACCCCUGAUUAAAAUUGAAAUGGUGAUCAGUGAACCUUGCCAGAAGACGAAGCGAAAGAGCAUUCUGGCUGUUGGUAAAGGAAAUAUCAAAGUGAAAUUUGGCCAGAAAGAUUCUGACCACAAAGGAAGGACCAACAACAUUGAUGAUGUAGAUAGAGAGUUUAACCAUCAUCUGAACAAUGCUAUAGAGAACACGGCAGAACAGGAGAGGACAGUGCAAGAAUGGGCCAAACAUGGAACCUUUAUCAAUCAUGAAGAUAAUGCUAACAAAAGCACAACUUCCAAAUCUCCCAUUGAUCAGAACAAGGCUCAUGAGGAUGGCCUCCAAAAUAACCCAACUGCUUUCACAAGUUUUCCUACCCAAGUAGAGGUACCAGGACAAAAUAAUCCCAAUGACCUUGCGUUGACUUCUAGAGGGUUAACUGAUUUGGAGAUUGGCAUGUAUGCCCUGCUGUGUGUUUUCUGCCUAGCAAUUUUGGUCUUCUUAAUUAACUGCGUGGCAUUUGCCUGGAAGUAUAGACACAAAAGGUUUGCUGUGAGUGAGCAAGGCAACAUCCCCCAUUCUCAUGACUGGGUCUGGCUUGGAAACGAGAUUGAACUCUUGGAAAACCCUGUUGACAUUUCGCUCCCCUCAGAGGAGUGCACUACUAUGAUUGAUAGAGGGCUGCAGUUUGAAGAAAGCAACUUUCUCCUUAAUGGGAGCUCGCAGAAGACUCUCCAUAAUCAGAUCCUCAGAUCUUGUGAGUAUGCUUGUGAGAAAGAAGUUAAAAGUGAACCUAUAAAUCCUUCUGGGCCAAAACGGAAGCGGGUCAAGUUCACUUCCUAUACCACAAUACUGCCAGAGGAUGGAGGUCCUUAUACCAAUUCAAUUCUAUUUGACAGUGACGAUAAUAUUAAAUGGGUAUGUCAAGAUAUGAAUCUUGGCGAUUCCAAGGAACUUAGAGACUAUAUGGAAAGACUGCAAGACAAUAUGUAA